AUGCAGGGGCGGCGGUCGGGGAUGCAGGGGCGGCCGGUCGCGCCUGUCUGCUGGGGCGGCGGCCGGACGAGCGGCGCCGUGGGGAGGGGGGAGAUGCAGGGGCAGCGGCCGGACGAGCGGCGCCGUGGGGAGAUGCAGGGGCGGCGGCCGCACGCCCUGCAGCCCGAUUUGGCGGCGGCGCCGGUGCCGGCGCGCGCCCUGGCGCGGGGACGGGGGCUGGGCGACGGCCGGGUGGGGAUGGAUGCUGACCAAAGCUUCUUGGACACCCUUGGUUUUGGUUAUAUGCAAACACAACCAGAAAGUCCAAUUGGAGAGCAGGCAACUCCAUCAACUCAGCAUCAAGCAACACCAUCAACGCAGCAACAUUCUGCAAUAAUAGAGAAAGGAAAAUCCAACAAAGGAAAAAAUUGGUGUAGUGAUGAGGACAAGGUUCUCAUAGCAGCAUGGGCAAAUACAAGUUUGGAUAUUGUUGGGACUGAUCAAAACCGAGAUGCUUAUUGGGCUAGAAUUUCAGAGUACUACAACACACACAAGGAAUCGUCAUGGCCGGAGCGUAAUCCUAAUGCAAUCAAUUGCCGUUACACAUUGAUUAACAGAGAGACCUCCAAAUUUUGUGGUUGCCUUCAGCAGAUUUUAAAUAAGGAAGAAAGUGGAAGGACUAUAGCAGAAAAGACAAACGAUGCACACAUUCUGUUCAAGGAAAUGGAUGUUAAAAAAAAACGGCCUUUCACAUUGAUGCAUUGCUAUAUAGAGUUUGCAAAGUAUCCAAAGUGGCAGACAAGAGAACUUGAAACUUCUCUUAAGAAACAAAAGAAAACCAUUGAUGAAAGUCCAGGCAGAGCCACCAAUGAUCCGUCAGAUGCAUCCUCGGUACGCACUGAUGCAACCUCGAUACACACUGAUGCUCUUGAACAUGAGAAAAGACCUGAUGGUGUUAAGAAGGACAAGAGAGGUAAAGCUGAUGAGAAUGCUUGCAAGCUGUCAUUAGAAACUGUGUGGGCAGCAAAGCAAGAGAAGGAUGAGAUCAAAGAAGCGGCAAGAAAUGCUCGCUAUGCACAGCAAUUUGAAUUGCGAAAAGAGGAGAUUGCACUCAGAAAGAAGGAGGAUGCACGAAACGAGAGGGAGGAUGCACGGAGACAGUUUGAAUUAGAUGAGAGGGUCAUGCUGAUCGACACUAGUGGUAUGACUGAUGUGCAAAAGCAGUUCUACCAAGCUAAGCAGAAUGAGAUCCUUGCUCGAGGCCUAGAGUAAUGUGAGCUAUUUGAUAUGUGAGCUAUAUGAACUAUUUACUGCUUUCCGC